GGAAAUCUGCAUGACGUUUCUUACUUAAGGAUAUUGAACCGGCUAGAACACAGGACCAGCAUACUUGACACUAGGGCUUUCUACAAGACAUUCUUCAUUGACCUCACUACCGUUCACGAUGCAAUCCCUACGAACCCGCAAGCCAUCCGAGUCGCGGGUCAAGGCCGCUCAGCCUCGCCAGACCACUAUACGCAAGCCCAAUCCCAACGUUCGGGAUGCAGAACGACGUGCAACGCGUGUUGGAGAGAAGAUGAAGAAGCGGAUGUCAAUGCGCUAUGCGGAUAUCUCUGGUCCGGCCGGCAUUGGAAGCAUUCCUGAUGUGCCCUCGUUGCCUACUGGCGUGCGUGUGGGGUCCUACAGGGGUGGCUCUGUGGAUGAGCGGGGGUUUACGGAGGAGCCGAAGGAGGAUCCCAAGGCCGCGGAGCUGAGGUUGCUGGACAAGGAUGAUUUCGACCCGGACGCUUACAUUAAGCUGAAGCUGGCGAAUUCGACUGAGUCCGAAUUGAGGACGCUGCAGUCUGGUCUUCAGGCACAGAAAGAUGACGUUGCUGUAGACUUGCAGCGCAACGUCUUCAAGAACUACGCGGAGUUCAUGCUUGUGUCGAAGGAGGUCAGCACCCUGGAGAACGAGAUGCUGGAGUUCAAGGAAGCCCUAUCGGAAUGGAAGGGCAUGCCGUCACUGCUACAUAUCGACGACUCGGCCUCGGUCGCAGAACGCCGCAGGAAUGUCCGUUCAUCGAUCGCGGACCUCCGGAUAUUGUAUGCGAACCAAAUGCAGAACCUCCAUAUGCAAAUUGAGGGUUCGUCGAAGUUCGUCCCCACCACUCCCGGCCGUCACGUUGUCACGGAGGUCGACAAUGUCGUUGCCCUCAAUCCCGCGACGUACAAGGUCGACCACUCCGUCCGAUUCGUCCUGCUCGACGACGCUGUACUCGUCGCCCGGAAGCGCAAGCGGAGAAACAAUGGGGAGAGCGAUAAGCUAGUUGCUGAGAAGUGCUGGCCCUUGAGUGAGAUGCUGGUACUGGAUACCAAGGAUACCCCAAGCAUGACCAAUGUCUUCAAGAUCAGACAUGGGAAGGAGACUCACGUUUAUCGAACAGACAUCUCGGCCGACAAGAAAAACCUGCUCAGCCAGUUCCGUCACGUUGCGGAGGAGCUCGCAGCAAAGAAGCGAAAAGAGCGUGAAGGCGAGCACCAGCGGCGGAAAAGUCUCUGGGUGGGUGGAGGAGAUCGCGGCUCCUUGUUCGUUCCAGAUAGCAUGCCCGGGAUGCCCCCAAUCCCCGAGUGGAUGGCAGACCUUGCGACUAAAGGCGCAGAUAUGGGCUCCUCCGCCAAGGAGAAGUCCGAGCGCGACGUGCGCUGGAUCGGCGACUGGUCUGACGAGCUUACUGUAGCAAUCGCCCUGAGAGAGUGGGAGAAGGCCGUGAAGCUCGUCGAGGAGGGCGAGUCCAAGUUGCCGACUAUGCCUCCGCUUGGGGCGAAGCUGACCCCGCUCAAGGCGUCGCUUACUGCGGCACUGCUGCAGAGCUUGUCCGUGCCAUCGAACAAGAAGAGUACCGUUGUCAGCCUCAUCGGGCUCCUCGUAAGGCUGAAGGCUGGCCCUGCUGCCAGGAGCACGUUCUUGGCUGCGAGGGCGGACGUCAUCAAGAAGUGUGUGCGGAAGAUCACAUUUGAAGGCCACAUCCCGUCGUUCAUCGCGGACUUAGCCACCGUGGUGUUCACCGGAGUGAAACACACCGCAGAUUGGUUCCUGGCGAGCUUCAGGGAGAACGAAGUUGCUAGCAGCUUCGUUGAGUGGGCAAGGCAACAGAUCGAGCUGUAUGCAGAAAUGUUCCGGAAGCAAGUCUAUAGCUCGGACGUGGACGCCCGUACCAUCGACGACGCCAUACAGAUCACCCACGUUCAAAGUAAGAAGCUCCUCGAAGAGUAUGGAAUCGACUUCCGCUACCUCCUAGACAAUCUCCUCGUCGACAAAGCUAGGGACGGCGCACUGGUGCGACCCCCAACUUACCGCCCUCACGCAGAACGGACACCCGACCCCAUCCACACGCCUUCCUCCACCCCCGUCCGUUCCCGAUCACCUGCGCAGUCCACCUCUGCGCGUUCACGAACUCCUAUUCCAACCGUACCACCUGUGCCAUCAUCUAUCGCAAUGCCACCGCCGUCCACAAUGCCUGCCCUGGCUGUGCCCACGCCUCUGUCUGCUUCACCUCGCCGUUCGCCUUCGUCAACUCGACUGCGGUCUCCUGCGCCACCGCCUCGCACAGCCAGUCAGGCUCCUGCGCCGCUGCCACCGCGGUCGAGGGACAGGCCGAACAGGCAGGGUGGGAUGUUCUAG